UUUCGCGCGCCCGCCCGCGGAGCCGGUAGAGCGAACAUGGCCCAGGCUGCACGGGCGUUGUGGCCAGGCGGGCGCGCUCUGGCCUGGAGGCUGGGUGGUCGCCUCGUGCAGGGUCUCCCCGCACAGAGCCGGACCGGCUUUGCGGGGGCGGCAGGAGGCCCGGGCCCUGCUGCCACCGCCCGCAAGGGAAACCCGCGGCUCCUGGGGGCGGCGGCGCUGGCCCUGGGAGGCGCGAUGGGGCUGUACUACACGGCGCGGUGGCACCUGCAUGCGCAGGAUCUCCGCGCCAAGUGCUCAGCCGCGCAGCUCACCCUGUCUGGCCGCCUGCAGCUGACCCUGUACCAGUACAAAACAUGUCCCUUCUGCAGCAAGGUCCGCGCCUUCCUGGACUUCCAUGCCCUGCCCUACCAGGUGGUGGAGGUGAACCCCGUGCGUAGGGCCGAGAUCAAGUUCUCCUCCUACAGGAAGGUGCCCAUCCUGCUGGCCCAGGAAGGAGACAGUUUGCAACAACUGAACGACUCUUCUGUCAUCAUCAGUGCCCUUAAGACCUACCUGGUGUCGGGGCAGCCCCUGGAAGACAUCAUCACCUACUAUCCGCCCAUGAAGGCCAUGAAUGACCAGGGCAAGGAGGUGACCGAAUUCUGCAACAAGUACUGGCUCAUGCUAGACGAGAAGGAGGCCCAGCGAAUGUAUGGUGGGAAGGAGGCCAGGACGGAGGAGAUGAAGUGGCGGCAGUGGGCAGACGACUGGCUGGUGCACCUGAUUUCCCCCAACGUGUACCGCACGCCUGCCGAGGCCUUGGCCUCCUUCGACUACAUUGUCAGGGAGGGCAAGUUUGGGGCCGUGGAGGGCGCUAUGGCGAAGUACCUGGGUGCAGCUGCCAUGUACCUCAUCAGCAAGCGGCUCAAGAGCAGGCACCACCUCCAGGAUAACGUACGUGAGGACCUCUAUGAGGCUGCCGAUAAGUGGGUGGCAGCUGUGGGCAAAGACCGGCCCUUCAUGGGGGGCCAGGAGCCGAACCUGGCUGACUUGGCAGUAUAUGGCGUGCUGCGUGUGAUGGAGGGCCUGGAGGCCUUUGACGACCUGAUGCAACACACCCGCAUCCAGCCCUGGUACCUGCGGGUCGAGAAGGCCAUCGCCGAGGCCCCCCAGUGAGUGAGCUGAGCUGCCCUGCUGGGAGGAACUGGGAUGCAGCAGAAGACACUGGCUGCCACAGACUAUGGUCACUGAGCCAGCAUGUGGGCAGCAAUGCUGUGUGUGUGUGUGGGGGUCAGGAUCAUUCUGUGUCUUGCCCACCUCCAUCCCCCCAGCAUCUUCUGCUUCUAACACUGGAUGCCUGCUGGGGCCCUGGGACACUGGGGGGCGAGGCCCAGGCUCCAUUUCCCCUCCCAGCUCCCUGAGGGGCAUGGAGGGUCUACCUACCCCUCCUCCCCCCGCCUUGGGCCUCCUGCUCUUCACCUGUUCUCUGGGGCUCUCAGUGGCUGCCCCCUUUACACCCUAUGGGUGGGAAUUGAGUUGGGUUCCUUUCCUGGACAAAGGAAAUAGGGAUACCCCAUUUAGAGAGAGCCCCAUCCAUGGUUUUCCCCUGGUUCCUGCUUUUCCCAAGCACCCCCAGGAUUCUGCGUCAUGUUUGAAAUAAAAAGAUUGCUGCUCCCCUCCUGA